GGGUGUGUUCUGUGAGGUUUACGUAACCCGACAUAACCUAGUMAAAUUUUAUCUUUUUUGAUAAAGACAACAGUUUGUUUUAUAUUCAAAAAAWKURAUAGGCAMACCUGAGUUAYUGGAAAAUUUUGUAAAUUUUUGGAAACUAGAAUGAUCCCAUUAAAAUAUGGGCGCCAUUCAACACAACUUGCUCGCCAAACAAUGUCUUACCUGGUAACAAGGAGUUUAGUAACGAAGUCAAAAGAAGAAACUGUUUGUAGAAAAGCUGUGAAUGAAGCUGAAAAAAUCGUGGGAUAUCCCACCUCGUUCUUGAGCCUUCGAUGGCUCCUAAAUGAUGAGGCUGCCAAUGUUGCUAAUCAUAUUCGAAAACUGAUUGGCACCAAUCAUCCUCUACUCACCACUGCCAGGGAUUUAAUCAUUGGUGAUCGAACACCAACCUGGGGUCUGAUAGUGUUAUUAAUUUCCAAAGCCGGAGGUUUAGGCAAGCAUUUCUCCGAGAUGGACAAGGAUGUUACAGCAGGUACUAAGUACAACAGUAAAAAGUAGUGAAAAUCACCACAUUUGAGAUUGAGAAAUGUUCACCUAAACUGCUGCCCAUUUGAACGCCCUAUUAAGUAUACAGGGUGAGUUUUUUCGAUGACUAGGACAAGGAUCUUCGAAAUUAUAGCCGUUACGAAAAAGGUUCAAUGGACAAAGAAU